AUGUCCUUUCACGGCAUCUUUCCCCACGUCUGUCUUUUCUGCGCAGCCUGCCUGUACUUCAUCUGCAAGGCCCUGGAGCGCGACAGAUGCUACGCCAAAGGCUUAGUCCUGAAGGAGAAGAUCUUCGAGGAGCAGCCUUGCCUCCGAAGGGACUCCCUCCGUAUGUUCCUCAAAGGCGACUUCUCCGUCCACGACGUCGCCGUGGACCAAUCCGAGGCGGCGGCCAUCUUGGAGGAAGCGCUGGAGCUGCGCCGGAGGAGGCGGGCACUGUUGGUGCGCAAGACUGAGCCGGACCUGAAGCUGUUCCAGCCAAUCGCCAUUUUCACCUGGAAAUGUGUCGGAGAAACCCUAUUGGCCACCUACCGUCACAUGACCACCUGCGAACUGCCGCGGCCGAGCCUUGGAAAACGUGUUGACCUCUUGGAAUACCAGGACUUGGACCGGAUCUCGGACGGAGUGACCGCCUCCGUGGAUGCGGUCAGCAUCAUCCAGACCAAUACGGUCCAUGGCGGCGGCGGCGACCCUGUGACCCCUGUGUCCGAACCCGUCUUGACCUUCACCCCGGUGACCCCUACCUUCCCAAACGCCAGACUCUUGGACGCCAUUGGCGCCGCAGGCGACACCUCAGACAAGUCGAAGAAGGCGGCCAAGCGCAAGCGGAUCGCUGAGGAGAGCGGCGAAACUGCGAAGCGGCGCUCGGCGCGAGUGCGAAACACGAAGAGCAAGAAGGAGGAGAAAGUGGACUUCCAGGAGCUGCUGGUCAAGUUCUUGCCUUCACGCCUGAGGAAGCUCGACACGGAGGACGACACGGACGGCAUUUUUGGAAACUACGAGGUCCAUUCAGAGGCCAAGGAGGAGAGCUUCAACCCCGUCGGC